AGGGUGCAUGGUCUGAGACCUGGCAGGCAUGUCAAAUUACAACUCAGAUUUUGUUUUUUUCGUUAAAGUUUGUUAUAUCGGUAUAUAUAUUGGAUAUGACCCGGAGUUUCAAGAUAAGAAGCAGCGCAGAGAAGGCAAGCAGGCGGCACUCUUCCUACACUCGGAGUAGUAUUCCCAGCGUCACUUUCAGUAAUGUUCCCAACCAGUGUGAUUGUCAGAUGACCGAAAGUGAAGUGGCGAUAGGAAACGGCAUCAAAGACAUCCAAGAAAGCACAGAAAAGGAAAUACAGAACUCCCUCGAUAAUCUAAAAACCAAAAAGAGACUUCCCAUGCCAUCAAUACAUCACGUGCUUAUAGCGUUCAUAGUACUGAUAGUGGUGGUAACUACAGUGAGUCUAGCUAUAGUCCUGAGUCCCAAGCAGGAGCUGAUACGCACCCAUCCUAACAUACUGGUGGUCAUAGCAGAUGAUCUGGGUUACAAUGAUGUGGGUUAUCAGGGACAUGGGGACAUCAAGACUCCCUACAUAGACAGAUUAGCCAGCUCGAGUAUCAUACUACAACGCCACUACACCCAGCCAAUGUGCAGUCCAUCCCGAGCAGCCCUGUUUACCGGCCGCUACCCUUUCCGCUAUGGGAUGGGAGGCAGUAGAGCUAUCUACUACGGGAGCAAACACGGUCUGGACAUCUCAGAGUAUCUCCUUCCUCAGGCGCUCAAAACGGCUGACUACAAAACCUAUCUGAUAGGGAAGUGGCAUCUUGGUUUUGCUGGCUGGGAUAUGACACCGACUCGGCGGGGUUUUGACUACUUUUAUGGAACUUAUGGCGGGAGUACAACCUACAAGAGUCAUCAGAGUUACGAAGGUCCCAGGUCUGGGAAGGGAUACGAUCUGUUUGAGGAUAUAGCAUCUGAUCAAGGUGACACAAAAGUUAAUCACACGAUUAUCAAGGAUCCAAAUGGGACAUUUUCGGAGCUGCUGUUCACUGAGAAAGCUGUACAGAUCAUAGAGGAAGCUUUUCCAGUUAACGAUGAGGAUCAAGGAGACGGUGCAGACAAGAACGAAAUGAGGACAAACCUAAACCCAUCUUCAUGGUGAUGUCCUAUCAGAAUCCUCAUGCGCCCAUUACCCCCAUGGACGAAGACGUCGCACAAAAUGAGGAUAUCGAGAAUGAGAACAGACGGAAGAUGGCCGCCAUGAUAACUAGCUUGGAUUAUGGUGUAGGACGGAUAACAUCAGCUCUCGAGAAGACCCACCAGUUAAACAAUACCAUCAUCAUAUUCCUCAGUGACAAUGGUGGACAUCUCAUGAUGCCGAGUGGGGAGAGUCUGGGCAGCUCCAACCUGCCAUUCAGAGGAGCAAAGUGCACUUUAUACGAGGGUGGUGUUAGGACCCCUGCUUUCAUUAAAAUACCUCAUUUAAUUACACCAGGUCAGGUAAACAGCUCAGUCAAGUACGAUGGACUGUUCCAUAUAUCUGACUGGUUCCCAACUAUCGUCAGUCUCGCUCAACUUGACCCACGACUUUUGAAGAAAGAACUUCAGUUUCAAGAUGAUAAAAAACCUUACCUUGAUGGAAUAGAUCAUUCAGAGACAUUCAAACAGCUGCUGGAUGAGACCCAGAAAGCAGAGGCUCCUCGCGACCACGUGGUAUUAGACAUUGACCCUGUCUUCAACCAGGCAGCUAUCAUUAAGGGCAAAUAUAAGCUUAUUGUUGGGAAGGCUGCCUUCAUGGACUUCGACCAAGUCUACCCUCUCAUUGAUGACAAUUCCAUCCAGAACGAAGAUAUAGUGGUAAAUGCAAGCUACUACAAAAUCAGCCCCAACAUUAGCCAGCAGAUGCGUGCCUACGCAGAGACCCAGACAAAAUACGCUGCAGACCCGCUGAAGUGCCUCAACCUGGACUGCAUGACUAAAGAUAAAUUGCUUUUUGAUCUCUCCUGGGAUGUGACUGAGAGCAACGACUUAUCCUGGCGCUUCAGCGCCGAGACAGACGAACUUUAUGAAACCCUGAGAACAUACUCAAACCGAAACCAUAAGCCCGUGGAGCCUAAGUUUUUCGAGGAUCAAAACGAAGAAGCUAAGAAAGAUGAUGUUUGGACACCAUGGCUGUUGAACUCAACUGAAGUGUGACAGUGCUAGCGUUAUAGUGACAGUAUUGUCAGUUUCCGGAUAAGAAGAGUAAAUCAUGACAUCAGCAACAGCAUCAGAGUUAAACAAGCCACGAAAGUGAAGUAACAAUGAGGGGGCGAAUUAAUGAGAUCAUGACUUAAAUUCGGGCUAGUAUGACCUUGCUCUACUAAAAACUUAAAAAGUUAGUCAUCAGCCAUUUGAUUGAAAUUGGUUGCUAGAUUUUUAGAUUUCUAGACUAAAUGUUGAUUUGAAGUAAAUUCAUGAACAAAACUUUUCAAUAAUUUAUUACUUUCGAUAUUUAUGUUUUAAAUUGAUUUUUACAGUUUUGGGUGGCCACUGGAUCUCACCUUGUAAUUUACACAUGUUUGAGAACACCAAA